CGUAGCAAGGAAAUGGCGGCGGCGGGGUCGAGUGAUAGCGAUGGAGACGACCUGGUGAGUUAUGGGACUGCGCUGCAGCCGCUGGCAGAAGGUGAACGACUUAAAAAGCCAGUUCCUCUUCAAGAGCAGACUGUUAAAGAUGCAAAGGGACGAUAUCAGCGUUUCCAUGGAGCGUUUACUGGUGGCUUCUCUGCUGGCUACUUUAACACUGUUGGCACAAAGGAAGGAUGGGCUCCCUCGACUUUUGUAUCAUCACGGCAGAAAAGAGCAGACAGAACUGUUCUUGGACCAGAAGACUUCAUGGAUGAAGAGGAUUUUAGUGAAUUUGGGAUAGCACCGAAAAAUAUUACAACCACAGAUGAUUUUACAUCCAAAGCUAAAGACAGGAUAAAAGAGAAAGCAAGACAGAUUGCAGGAGUAGUUGCUACCAUUCCAGGAAUCACUGCAUUUGAUGAUUUAAUAGGCCCAUCGAAAAUAACAGUUGGGGUUGAGCUAUUACGAAAAAUGGGCUGGAAAGAAGGACAAGGGGUUGGACCACGUGUCAAAAGAAAGCCAUGCAGGCAGAAACCUGAUCCUGCAGUGAAAGUAUAUGGUUGUGCGUUACCACCUGGGCUCUCUGCGGGUUCUGAGGAUGAAGAGGAUGAAUACCAGCCAGAGAAUGUGACAUUUGCACCAAAAGAUAUAAUGCCUGUAGAUUUGAUUCCAAAAGAGAACGUCCAUGGACUUGGCUAUAAGGGAUUGGACCCCUCACAAGCUUUGUUUGGUGCCUCUGGAGGACACCUGAAUCUCUUCACAGGUGAUUCUGAAGAUACAAGCAACUUAAUUGGUGAUCUGAGGCACAGUAAAGGAAGAAAACUAGGUAUUACGGGCCAGGCUUUCGGUGUAGGAGCUUUAGAGGAGGAAGAUGAUGAUAUUUAUGCAACUGAAACACUACUGAAAUAUGACACAGUUUUGAAAGAUGAGGAACCUGGAGAUGGCUUUUAUGGCUGGACAGCACCUAAACAAUAUAAAGCAAACAAAAGGUCAGAAAGAGAAGUUAAAUACACAGGCGUAAUCUUGGAUGGCUUUUCACCGGCAUCAAAAUCAUCAACUCCAAGCAAGAUAUAUCCACCACCUCCUCUGCCACGAAAUUACAGACCAGUCCAUUACUUUCGACCUGUGGUAGCAGAUGGGAAUGAAAACUGCCGUUUACAGAAGGCACUAAAAGAAUCAACUGGAAAACUUGAGAGCGAUACGAGACAGCAAAGCAGGCAUGCUCUGAAUGCCUCCCAAAGGAGGGAACAACUAGGAGAGACUGAUCUAAAAGGUCCAGCUCCUUCUGUUUUGGAAUAUCUGUCUGAGAAAGAUAGAGAAAGACUCAAAAAAGUGAAACAAGCAUCUGAACAAAAACUGAAAGCAAAAAUAAUUCCUCAGGAACCACGAAAUAGCAGCUGCCAGCCAACCUCCCUAGAUGGUGCUUCUCACAAAUGGCUAAAGUUGUUGGGGCCGCAGUUAGCAAAUGCUGGUUCUAGUGACUUCAAACCAUUUGCAAAAAAUCCGGAAAAGCAAAAAAGAUACGAAAUUUUUGUGAAAGGUCUUAAACAAGGAGAAAAAGUAGAUAAAUUGGAGCAAUAUUUAGACCCAAAUACGACAGAAUGGGAGAGAGAAAGAGAACAAGAGGAAUUCUUCCGUGCAGCAAUGUUUUACAAGUCUUCAAAUUCAGCACUGUCUUCUAGGUUUACCCGUGCCAAAUAUGAAGAUGAUGUUGACAAAGUUGAAGUUCCUCGGGACCAAGAGAAGGAUAUUGAUGAUAAGGAAACUGCUGUGAAGAUGAAGAUGUUUGGCAAACUCACAAGAGACAAGUUUGAAUGGCACCCUGAAAAGCUGUUGUGUAGAAGAUUUAAUGUUCCUGAUCCAUAUCCUGAGUCUUCCAUUGUUGGGCUACCAAAAGUGAAACGAGACAAGUAUUCUGUCUUUAAUUUCUUAACUGUGCCUGAGCCCACCACAUCUGUAACUCAAGCAACAAAUGAAAAAAUCCAACAGAGUAAUAUUCUCAACAAACCAAAGAAACCUUCAAGAUGGGAUAUGUCAGAUAAAGAGAAGGAGAAAAAAGAUUCUAUCAGUGAAUUCAUUAGUCUUGCUAGAUCAAAAGCCAAUGCUCAGCAGCAGCCGCCGCCAGUGCCAGCAACAGAAGAAGGUGGAACUGGGCUGAGUGAAAGUCUUCCCACUGAGGCAGCUAAUGAAGAUAAAGAUCAGGAAGAAGAAAGCAGACCAUCCAUAGACUUAUUUAAGGCCAUCUUUACAAGUUCCUCAGAUGAAAAAUCGUCUUCGUCUGAAGAAGAGAGUGAGGAAGAAGAGCAACCAUCCACUUCAGUAGUAGAUUCAAAAACCACCAAGCAAGUUGAUCCCCCGGGCAGCUCUUCAUCUAAUGUACAAGAGAAUGUGGUUCCUACAACCGAUGCUGGUGUUCCUUUGUUGCCUGCUUCAAAGCAGGAACUGGAUGCAACUGAGGAAUUUGGACCAAAGUUACCUCCAGCUUUUUCUUCUGGCUGUACUUGGCAACAGGAACCAGAGUUGCCACCAAGUUUUCCUGGGCCUAGUAAAAGAGAAAAACAGAGGAAGAACAGACAGAAACAAAAGACUAAGCGAGAACACAAACACAAAAAGGAAAAGAAAAAGAAACAUAAGAAACAGAAAAACAAAGGAAAACACAAGAAUAAAGAAUCAGAAAAAGAGAGCAGCUCAGACACUGCAGAUAGCAGCGACAGUGAUACAGAUACCACAGGCUUGGCAGCUAAGGAACUUCUAAGAAGAUUAAAACAACUUCAGCAUUGAAGAGGGGCCUUGCUUUCUUCGGUGCUGUGUGACUUGAUCUCAAAUUUUUGAUCUCCUCCAUGAUGGUAGAUCAGUUGUACACUUUGAAGCACAGUAGAACUGUAUUCAUACUGAAUUUGUUUGAAAGCAGAUAUACGUAUGUUAAUUUUGUGGUGCUUCACAUGUUUAAAAUAUAUGGAUUAUGGAAUGCUGAAAAGACUCCUUCCUGGGCAGCAUAAUCUGAAAUGCUGCAGGUUUGAUUUCAGUUACAUGAAGCAGUGUAUUCUAAUGAAUAUAAGUAUUACAAAUAGUUUACAUAGGUCAUUGCCUAGGACCUCUGAAAUGUUGGGGAUAAGUUUCAGCCUGAGUUAUAUUAGAAAGUUGAUUACAAAAGCCAUGUAAAUUUUGCAUUGGGUGCAAAUAUUUUUAAUGCAGAAUUUUGCAUUGCACUCUGAUUUCACAACUCUCUAAAUGGCUGUACUUAGAGAGUUAUUUUUUAUCUUCAAAAUGUAUACAGCAUUUACCAUAGCAGAUCUAAACCAAUAAACUGUUGUUUUGACACAGAUUAAGGCUAAUGUAUUAGCAGAUUAGUGCUAUAAUCUGCUUUAUUUUAUGUAGUUACAAUGAAAACAGUUUAUACUGUUGUUUGUUUUGUGCAAUAUUCAAUUGUCAUCUUGCAAAAUUAUUUUAAUGUAAACUAUGUAAUAAUACUGCAUUGUAUUUUUAAUGCUGAGGUUGCAAAAUAUACCUGUAGAAAUCUU